UGAGAUGUGUUAGUGCUGUAAGAUGUAUACACUGCAUAUAUGCGACCUGCUUUAACUUUACUGUGGUAAAAUAACUGACGGAAUUUAUGACUUUAAGACGCGUUCACUCCGAAUGAAGCGGACUUUGCUGUCUCAUUGUGUCACACUGACUGAUCAUGACAUGGAAAAUCUCUUCUCUCUGACCACAACAUGAGAAAUAUCGGGCCAUACCACUGGAAAUCUCUCAUCUAUGACCAUAACAUGAUAAAAGUCUUCUUUCUGACGAUAAAAUGAGAAAUCUCUGAUCAUAACACCAUGCAGAUUUUAAGAAAGGUAGUUAAAGGAGCAAUAUGUAACAUUGACAUCAAGCGUUUAAAAUGGGUACUGCAGUCCAUAUUCAAAAUAUUAGAGAGAGAGCUGUCUCCCCCGCCCCUUCCCAGACUCGAAGCUCACGCGGGUUGCCAGGUUGAGGACACGCAACAGGAACGAGAAAACUGACAAUUGCAAGCGACGAGCCUUACUCUAUGGAUAUUGAGGACAGUAAAGGAGGCUCUGGUCUUCGACAGUAUUACCUGUCAAAAAUCGAGGAGCUUCAGUUGACAGUAAAUGAUAAAAGCCAAAACCUCAGACGUCUGCAGGCUCAAAGGAAUGAGUUAAAUGCCAAGGUGCGCCUUCUGCGUGAGGAACUGCAGUUACUGCAGGAGCAGGGAUCAUAUGUAGGAGAGGUGGUGAGAGCCAUGGACAAGAAGAAAGUGCUGGUCAAGGUGCAUCCUGAAGGAAAAUUUGUUGUGGAUGUGGAUAAGAACAUUGAUAUUAAUGAUGUAACUCCAAAUUGUCGUGUAGCACUUCGAAAUGACAGUUACACGCUGCACAAGAUCCUGCCAAACAAAGUGGAUCCACUGGUCUCCCUGAUGAUGGUGGAGAAAGUGCCCGAUUCCACGUAUGAGAUGAUCGGAGGACUGGACAAACAGAUCAAAGAGAUCAAGGAAGUGAUCGAGUUGCCAGUCAAACACCCGGAACUGUUCGAGGCUCUUGGAAUUGCACAACCUAAGGGUGUGCUGCUGUAUGGACCUCCUGGCACAGGAAAGACCUUGUUAGCUAGAGCCGUGGCCCACCAUACCGACUGCACCUUCAUCAGAGUGUCUGGAUCAGAGCUGGUGCAAAAAUUUAUAGGGGAAGGAGCUCGUAUGGUGCGUGAACUGUUCGUCAUGGCCAGAGAACACGCCCCUUCUAUCAUCUUCAUGGAUGAGAUUGACUCUAUCGGUUCUUCUCGGCUGGAGGGAGGAUCAGGAGGAGACAGUGAGGUGCAGAGGACUAUGCUGGAGCUUCUCAACCAGCUGGACGGAUUCGAGGCAACCAAGAACAUCAAGGUUAUCAUGGCAACAAACCGAAUUGACAUUCUGGACUCUGCCCUUCUUCGACCUGGCCGCAUUGACAGGAAGAUUGAAUUUCCUCCUCCUAAUGAAGAGGCCCGUUUGGACAUUCUAAAGAUUCAUUCCCGCAAAAUGAACCUGACGCGCGGCAUUAAUCUGCGUAAGAUCGCUGAGCUGAUGCCUGGAGCGUCUGGUGCAGAGGUCAAGGGUGUGUGCACAGAGGCAGGGAUGUACGCCCUGCGAGAGAGGAGAGUCCACGUUACCCAAGAAGAUUUUGAGAUGGCAGUUGCAAAGGUGAUGCAGAAAGACAGUGAGAAAAACAUGUCCAUUAAGAAACUCUGGAAGUAGACGUUAGAUUCUGUAUUUUCUCUUUUAUUUUAUUUUUUAUGUUAUUUUUUUGGUCUUUAAGUUGCUUUAUUGUUAUCACCCAAAUGUAUUCAAAAUAAAUUGCUUCCCACUUGAUUUAUAUGGGGGGGUUUUUUCUUCAUUUUUUUUUUUUGUUUUUUGUUUUUUUGUUUUUUUUCAUUAAAAGAAAUCAUUGAGGAAAAGUGUGAUCUUUAUUUACUUUUUGGCUUCUGUAAAUGUCUUUAUGGUGUGAAUUAUGUUUCUUUUCUGUGUAAAGUUAUGGACAAUUUUACAACUUUGUUGCUAUGACAACAUAAUGCUGUAAACUCUAAAAUGACCAUAAGAACGAUGAUUUAAACAACUUUACAGCUCAAAUAAUACAUGAGUUUUAACAGAAGAAUGAAUGCUAGUGCUUUUAUAAAGUUAUAAUCGGAGGCUGCAGGCUCACCAAAACGGGACAGUUCAAGACUGGUAAAACAUCGCCUGGUAUGAUGAAUCUGGAUUUCUGCUGAGGUGCACAGAUGGUAGCCCCAAUGUAGCCUCAGCUCAAAUGAUGCCACGGUCGAAAUCACUGAGAUCACAUUUUUCCCCAUUCUGAUGGUUUGAUGUGAAUAUUAACUGAAGCUCCUGACCCAUAUCUGCAUGAUUUUAGGCACUGCACUGCUGCCACACGAUUGGCUGAUUAGAUCAUUGCAUGAAUAAGUAGAUGUACAGGUGUACCUAAUAAAGUGGUCACUGCGUAGAUAUGUUUUUGAGAUAUUUCUGUUGACCCUUCUGAAAGCAUUGACAGUUCACAGAACAUCAUGAGCAAAAACUAGAAUCUUCAUAAAGAGGGCAAGUAAAAAGCAAAUUCCUGAAACAUAUGUUAUUAUAGGAGCAUCAGUCACAAGUUUCCCGGGAUCUGCAGUUGACUGUAUUAUAUCAGUUUAUGUUUGUAUUUGUUGAGAUUGCACUUUUUAAUUUUUUCCCACUCUUUUUUUCCAGACUCUUUAAUUGUACAUUUUUUUACUAUACAGAAGUUCAACUUUCACCUUUCCAUUUUUGUGCAAAUCAUUCAUGCCAGAUAUAUUGUUGCUUUUGAUACUGAAUAGGAAAUAAUUUUGCUAAUCUUUAGAGCAAAUCAGACAACAAGCAUUAUGUGUUGAGCGUAUAAUGUCAACCGAUUAAUAUUCAUUUCUGUUAAUCAAAAAACUUCAGGUCCACAUAAAGACUUGAGUAAUCUUUAGAAACAUGUUUCAAGUCAAAUUUUAAAUGGCUGUCUACACUUUCCAUGAAGUUUUUAUCAGUACAUAUCUUUUGGUACAGUGGUGCUAAGAAAAGUAAUGGUAAUGUUAUAGGAAAAUUACUGGUUCUAUUGACAGCAUCUGCAACCUGUUAUCGAUUACCACUGAACAUAACUUUUAAUCAUCCCUCUAUUAAAAACAAACAAAAGAACAUGUUGACACAUAAAUGCAGUGGAAAUCUAUAGAGCAACUCUUGUAUGGUUGGACUUACACUGUAAGUGCAUAACUGUCAAUGAUUUUUGUUAUUUCUGAAUCAUGUCACAGAAUAAUGCAUUGAAGUAAACUUCAUCUUGACCUAGUCUAGAACUUUAUCUGAUCAAAGACGAUUGGUUUUAACUAGAUUCCAUGAUUAUGAAUCUAUACUGCUGAGUAAGCAUUAGGGUGAUACAGGUAAACUGUUUUACACUGUUUUUUCCCUCUAGUGGAGUGGAGAUCUUUAGUUAUUUUAAACUGUAUUGUGUUAUUAGUGGUUAAGCCAUUACAUUUGGAAUCAUACACUGGGGGAAAAAUGAUUUUGUGUUGAAGUAAAUAUAGCAGAAGAAAUUAAGUACUUUCUACAUUUAAUAUGAUAAAGCAAGAACUUGAAAAUAUGAAGUAAAUUCUACAUUUGUACUCAAUUCAAACAUGUAAAAAUAAAUGCUCAAGCUUAUAAAUAAAUAUUAUUUAUGAUUGUUAUCUUUACAAUAGCCUACAUCAUAAUGUAUCAAUCCUAAAAUACAAAACUAUGUCAUAUUUAUUUGCUAAUUUGAGUCAAUUUCACUGGUAAAUAAAAUAAGUACAUUUUACUUAA